AUGCGCUCUCGGCCUGGUACCGAUGCAACAGAUAGCGAGGAAGUGGAGCUCACUCUACUUGACGAGGAUGAGAGGUCGCGCGCUGCGCUCGGUGCGGGCGACGGGUACUUGGGGAGCGCAGGCGAACCCAAGACAAAGCCAAUGUCUAUGAGAGACAAGAGGGCGAUGGCCUUGCUUAUCACACUCUACUUGAUCCAAGGUGUUCCUUUAGGGCUUGCUCUAGGAUCUGUGCCAUUCCUUUUGAAAGACCACCUAUCCUACUCUGAACUUGGCGUAUUCUCGCUUUCCAACUAUCCUUACUCUCUGAAACUUCUAUGGUCACCAAUCGUCGAUUCACUUUACUUUACUUCCAUCGGGCGUCGCAAAUCUUGGAUUAUACCAAUGCAACUCGUUGUUGGAUCUCUAAUGGUUUACAUAUCGUUUAACGUGGACAGACUGAUAAUCAACCCUUCCGAAAAUCUCUACGAACUGACCUUCGUGUUUACUUCACUGGUCUUACUGUCUGCUACUCAAGGUUCCACAAUUCUAUCAGGAUGGGCCUUGACGCUACUCUCACAAGACAAUUUGUCAUACGCGUCUACAUGUCAAACGAUUGGGCUCACCACAGGCUACUUUGCAUCGUUUACAGUUUUCCUCGCCCUGAACAGCGAGACCUUCUGCGAUAAGUGGGGCAUACCUCAGCUUACGCUGAGCACAUACCUUAAAUUCUGCGGCUUGCUCUGCUUCGCUGUAACGUUCUGGCUAAUCUUCUUCCAGAAGGAGGGAAAGGAGUCAUUAGACGAGUCGGAGAUGACGGUGUCUGCGACAUACAAGACGAUAUGGAACAUCUGUAAACUGCCUCAUAUUCGGUCACUCAUUGUUGUCCACUGCCUCGGAAAACUUGCUUUCCAAGCCAACGAGAGUGUCACUCAGCUAAAGAUGAUAGAGAAAGGCCUUGGACGUGAAGACCUGGCUAUCACUGUCCUAAUUGACUUCCCCUUCCAAAUAAUAGGCGGAUGGUUAGCUGCAAAUUGGUCUCGAGGGGAUAAACCACUACGACCAUGGAUCAUCGCGUUCUGGCCUCGCCUCGCGUUAGCACUUGUUUCGACGUUGAUCGUCUACUACUUCCCCAGUCCACCAAUUUCCUACGGUUUCUUCACCUUCCUGGUUAUACAAACCGUUGUCCAGUCAUUUGCAAGUAAUGUGCAAUUUGUUGGGAUUUCUGCGUUCCAUACUCGCAUCUCGGAUCCACUGAUUGGAGGAACGUAUAUGACGCUGCUAAAUACAUUCUCUAACUUCGGAGGCACUUGGCCCAAGUAUUUUAUCCUCAAAGGUGUCGACCUCAUGAGCGAGUCGGUCUGCCAGGUGAAAGACGCUGAUAGUGACUUAUUAGUCAAAGCGUCUGAAUGUGUUUCCGAGCAUGGAAAGUCUCUUUGCGCGGACAUCGGCGGGGAAUGCAUCACCGAAGGUGAUGGGUACUACUGGAUCUCUGCCAUCUGCAUGACCUUUGGUGUCAUUUUCGUCGUGAGCUACAUCAUUCCAACAGCGCGGAGGCUGCAGGCUCUUCCAGUCCACCGGUGGCGGAUCAGUAGCGAGUGA